AUGGGGAAGAUAACGAAGCAGAUGCAGCCCAAGCAUGCCGAGACUUUGUCUCCAUGGCUCAAGGACUUUGUCACAUCGGCAUGCUCCACACCCUUGCCUCUCCUUCCAAACCACCUCCACAAGUUCCCGACAAGAUGGCCCUACCCGAGAGGUGAUUUAUACCACUGGAUCCCUCUUCUCAACCGAUUCGACGACAUCUUGGACUGCUUCUGCACCACCUACAACCUGGAACAGGGCCCCCAGAACCGCGAUUUCGGCCGCGAUCUGCUCCUCAACCAAGGCGCCAAGACUGAACAAUAUGGCGACCAGACCUGGGACAAUGAUGGUCUUGUCAAGCUGGGCUACAAUGCAGAUGGAGAUAGGCAGCUGAUCGAGGCUGUCCUCAAGUUCACCCGUAUACUCCUGCAGCACUGCGGCAACCGAAGCAUCUACUCUAGUAGCAUGGUCCUGAACAAGCUGCUCAACACUACAGUUCUGUCGCUUCUUCUUGCAACUCUGCAGGUCAGCGCCGAGUUGGCCCAGCGCUACCAAGCUUCUGUCAAGAGAAUAGGAAGCGCCUCCCGCACAGUGAGCACUGCUCUGCUGAGCAAUCACUACCAGAUCGACCUCGACCGCGUGAACAGCGUCGCUCUGCCCUUCGCCAAGACUCCGAUCGUCAGUCUUUCAGACUCGCUGGCUACUGCUACGCCCACGUCGAGUGCCAAGGGCAAGGAAAAGCCUCAGGCCCCGAGCCAUAAAAACGCCGCAGCCAUGUUUGCCAACGACUUGGGGUCUAUUCUUACACCCGACAAUGGGCGCUGGAAUGGAUGGGGAGAUAUCAAGAUCACCUAUACCGUGGCGUCGAUCGCAAAGGACCACCCUGUCUCGACGGCUCAUGAUCGCAUUGGUUCCAACAUGCCCUCUACACCGACCCCUCUGAGGCGCAGCACGACAGCCGGCUCUCAGCAUAACACUCCAAGAUCCGCUCGUCAGGCCGGCGUUGACGAGGCUUCGCCAUUAAGUACACGAAGCCCCAUCGUCGCCAAUGACCAUACCAAGUCGAGUCAGCGAAUCUUCGAUUUGCCGCAAUCAGUCGUUGCCUCCACGCCCAUCUACGAGCUCCUUGCACGAUGUCCUGCGGAUAUGCCCGCCUCAGCCAAAUAUGAGAUUCUCAACCGUCUGAGAGUAGCCAAGGCUCUUCUUGGGGGUGCGGAGUCUCGACAGGAAGCGCUUGCCGUCCGUCUACUCGCCAUCACAAACCUGGCCUUCAUCCAUCCGGAGACGAUCUUCGUCGAGAAGGUUCUGCGUCAUGACAACGACGAAACACGACGCUAUCAGUUGGCUUAUCAACUGGCGGAACUAAUUCACCCGCCGGCCGAUGGUUCCAUUCAAGUACCGCUGUGGCUUCAGUCAAUUGUCUUGGGCCUCCUUGAGGUCAUCUCAAACUAUGCUGCAAGAUACCAAGAUGUUUUGUCGGCCCUGAAUGCGAAUGUCAACCACGGAAUUCUCUUAUACGUCAUCCGAAAGGCUGUCGCAGGGAUGAAGACCAGUGAACCCGACCGCGGUAUUCAUACCACGGAAGUCGACGAGUGGCGUACCAGUCUUUUCUCUUUGACGACUCACCUGGCCAUGUCUACUAGAAUAGGAGCUGAGAUGGUGACGGCCGGACUGAUGGAUAUUCUGGUGGAGAUUCUUAAAAUCAGGUCUGACGUCGCCCAGCGCAAUCAGUCCAUGAUUCUGGCUUUCCUCGACGGACUGAUUUGGACGUAUCAGAAUGCGUUCCAAUCGUUCUUCAGCGGAUCCGGUCUUGAUGCCAUCUCCGAACUCCUUGUCACAACGGUGGCCGAAGCAAAGCAACUUGUGCAAGCUGGACAGGGCAACACACCUGAACACUAUUGCCAGGUUGUUGACUAUGAGAUACCCUACAAUCAACAGCAGACCCUGAAAUGGGUUCUCAAGUUUGUCCAUCACAUGAUGACGAACUCUUACACCUAUGGCGGAAACACUGAUCGACUUCUCCGUAACCUUGUUGACAAAUCGGAGCUGUUGGCCAGCUUGCGAGACAUCAUGCAGAAUACUAAGCGCUAUGGAUCCGUCUUGUGGACGACUACUGUCACGGUGCUCAGCGACUUUAUCAACAAUGACCCUACAAGCUUCGCUGCCAUUUCUGAAUCUGGAAUCAUCGUCGCUUAUUUGGAAGCCAUCACUGGCCAUCCAGUUACCUCUCAGCCCACCAUCGCACCUUCGCAGGACGCUGAGGAGCAAACGGCAGACACCGCUGAUCCUGGUGACAACAAUGGUGAGAACAACACCGAUCGAGACAAUAGAGACCGCGACGAGGAUGACGAAGGCAGCCCUGAAUCCUCUAAUGCUUCCAUUCAAAUCGACGCUGAUACUCGGCCUCAUCCGCCUCCUGAGGAAGAAAUUGCCCAAUCACAUGAGCGUCGCCCUCUGGCUCAGGGCAUCUUGCCAACAUCCGACGCCAUCAAUGUUGUCCCACAAGUUCUCAACUCCAUUUGCUUGAAUAAUGCAGGAAUGAAGAUGGUGGCCUCCUCUCGCGCUCUUGAGUCGUUUCUCGAAAUCUUCGAGAGCCCUGCCCACGUCAAUACCAUGGAAACCGACCCUCAUCUCGCUAGCAAUGUGGGCGCCAGCUUUGACGAACUCGCCCGGCACCACCCUAACUUGAGGCGUCCGAUCUCGAAUGCUGUGAUCGACAUGGUUGCUAGGGUCAGAUCCUUCGGUAUUUACAAAGCCAAGACUGCUGGCUGGGGCGCGAAACUGUACAUCAGCGACGGUUCACAGAACCCUCCUUCAGCGGAUGAGAAGUACAAGGACCUGGUACUGCACCCUACCACUGAAUUCGGUACAGAAGGCAAAGGAAAGGGGAGGGGCGACAAUCUUGACGUCGAAAUGUCAGAUGCUACGGAAAUUACGGCGCAGAAGGGAGCUCUGGGUUCCGAUGAGCCGUCCACGUCUGCGACAGCUUACAACGACAUAACGCCCUACGUCUAUGCCUUGUCAAGCUUCCUCUCAGCUUACCUCAACAACAAUACGCUCAAGGCUUACUUCAUUACCCAUGGAGGGCUUGAGCUACUGCUAGACGUCGCAGAACUGCCCAGUUUGCCGCAUGACUUUUGCGACUCUCACGCAGCCCGAACCCUGCACCUGGUCAUUUCUCAGCUUGUCGAACAGUCUCCGGUUCUCGGCUUGCCCUCCCUACUCAGGCGCGCACAGGCUUCGGUCGAUACACUCAAACCUUUGGCUGAGUACAAGAAUGACUCUCCCUACUUUCACCCUUUCCUCGGCCUCGACGGCAGAAUGACCCUCGAUGAAGUACGCAGCCUUGACCCGUCGGUGCAAGAACGCAUUUUCAAUGGCAACAAAAUGGUCAAGGCACUACUUACUGCGCAGUCGCUGAUCAAGACACUGUAUGAAUGUUUCACCUCUUCGCCACGCUCCAACUCAGUUCAGCUGUAUCCCAUCAAUGUCUUUGACUACUAUCUCGAAUUAGUCAAAUCACUGGGGCCGCUUCUGAAGGCUGUGCUGGCAGAAGAGGGUGCUGGGCAUAACGUGCUUCCUCAACACUGGUGGGCUAAGCGGCCAGCUCCUGGGAGUGACGUUAUGGUUUCCAUCACCGGGGCCGCUGGAGUUCAGAGUGUUGGCGAGGGCGAAGGCGAGAACGAGGCGGCAUCAGCCCCGGCCGAGCCGUCGGAUUCUGCGCCUAGUGCUGCUGUGCCUGCUACAGCUCCUGGCACCCAGCUCAAGACACCAACAAAACAAGAACAAGCGACGUUCCGAUACAAAAACUACGAGACCCUUCGCAUCCUACUCCACUCAAUGGUUCCGUCGACCUUUCCCUUCUUCCAGCAACUUGGCAAAGCUCUCUUCCCAAGACGUGAACGCGAUGCUUAUUCACGUCCAAAGCACAUUGAUAUCGCCAGAGAAUUGUCAGGGACGAUCCUGGCGCAGCUGGCUCCUUCUGUUGACCCUGCUGAGCCUACAGGCAAGGAGUACCACUACUGGAUCAUCAUGCUUCACACAUUGACAGAGAUGUUGAUGGACAAUACUCGAGCAUCAGGGGAACGUUCAUCGGUCCAGGUCGUCAUCCCGGUGCUUGUUGCUUUCCUUGAUCAGGGUGGUUUCCAGGUUCUCACGACCAUGGUGCGUCGGUUUUCGGCCGAGAUCUGCAAAGACGCUGGAGACUCAGACGUAGGGGCCACUGCUAGCGCUCGUGUUGCCUCGUUCGGCCUCGGAAAGAUCUUCGAGUUCUUUGCUGCUCUUGUCAACGGUAAGAACAUUUCCGACUCGACCGCACAGUUUGGCCUCCUGCCUCGUUCAGCCGAGAGACGCCCAGACACGCCGAUAUCUCAUCAAAUUGUUGUUGAAGUGCGAAUGGCUGUUCUCCCGGUCAUCCGUGAGAUUUGGGAGUCAACACUGAUCGAGAAGUUGCGACCGGAGGCAGUAGCAAAGGUGAUUGAGAUCCUCAAGAUCAUAUCUGCGGGUGACCAAGAACCAUCUCGGAACACCCCGGCUGUCGAGCUGUUCAAGAAAUCGACAGUCUUGUUCAACUGGCAGGCCCAUACCCCUCUGAUCGGUCUGCUUGAAGAGGAUGGGGCAGACGUCGAGUUGGCCCGCGAAGCUGUCUUCAGAGCCAACUGGAAUCAACCUUCUGCAACGGAGUACUGCCGUUCUCACAAGGCUGGCAAGGCCGGUCAAAGGAACCCGGUCCCGCCCGAAGAUGCUUACAAUCCCGAACGCCCUGAGCCAACAAACCAGACCAGUCAGUCGGACAACACAGCGCCAGUACCUGCUGCACCCGCUGAUGUCGAUGCUAUGGCGGUUGACGUGGCGCCGGAAUUCGUCACUCCGGAGCUGGACCGUCUGCUCGGUGAUGCCGUACUGGGCGACCUGGGAAACAGAGCAUCUGAGUGGAAUGGCAACAGCGACGGACGUCCUGCUAUAGCUGGCGAAUCCCAAGCGAGGCCCGAUGCCUCCACGCCAGCAGCUACCACCGAAGAACAGGCCCGCGCUAGCACCGAAACUCAGACGACAAGCAAGGAGAAACUCGACGAAGAACGAUCAAAAUUGCGAGGCAAUCUCAUCGACAGGUCUCUCGACGUUGUCAGGGCUCAUCCCCACUCGGCCAUCGAGCUGUCUGAGCUAAUUAGUGCCAUGGUAUUCCGCCAGCCGAACGACGAUGCUCGGGAUGAGGUCGGUGCGACUCUGGCAAAUGCGUUGACCUCCUUGUCAUUCGACGACAGCGAAUCAAAGUCGAAUGGCACCAGCAUUGCUGCUUAUGCCCAUCUUCUGGCUCUGCUUAUGCAAGAGAAGAGUUUCUUCAAAUGCAACAUUGACACUCUGAGAGAGAAGGUGGACGAGUACAUAUCUUUCCUCGACUUGAAAGGGUCGUCGACUUCAAACAAAGAGCUCCCUCCCUGGAUUCCGUAUAUCCUGUUGAUCGUCGAGCUUCUGCUGUCAUACGAUGAGCAGCCUAUUGAAGCGCAAUGGAAACCUCCAAGCAAUGAUAGCGAGACGAUUGCGCCUGCUGUGCUUCCUCAACGCAACUUGAUUGUUUCUGCUGAACAGCGAAAUAGGCUUCUGGAUGUAAUUCUGGAGCUGCUUCCCGGCCUCGGGAAGGAGGAGACACUCGCAACCUCUGUACUUCGUGUCAUCGUCAUUUUGACACGUAAGCCCGCCAUGGCGCAAAAGGUUGGAGACAAGCACAACCUUGGGAGGCUGUUUGCCAUGGCCAAGCAGCUUGCGGGUGUUGGUUCAGCACGAUUGAAAGAAAGCAAAACGACUGGCAGCAUCAUGUCUAUCCUGAGACACAUUGUCGAAGACGAGGAGACACUGAAGCAAAUCAUGCGAGCUGAAAUUCGUAACCUAUUCGACAACCCUCAACGAACUCAGAGAAACCUGGAUCUCAGCACAUACCUGCGUAACAUGGCGCCUCUUGCUUUGCGGUCCCCGGAUCUAUUUGUUGAAAUUACCAAUGAGAUGACCAAGCUGUCUCGUUGGACUCCUGGGAGCGAGGGUAGCAGCCGUGCCCAACAAUUGGCACUCAAGGAGCCCGACUCUGGUUCCAAAAUCAAAGCCCACGAGGAAGAGGCGAGCGUCGAGCCCGCUGUGCAGGCCACGGAGGACUUGUCUAUCCAUGAUGUCAAGCAAUCCACAGAAACGGACGACAAGGAAAUGGCAGACGCGCCUAAGCAAGUAGCUGAGCUGAAACGGCCGGUGGUCGAGAAUCCCCACGGCAUCAUUUACUUCCUCCUGUGCGAGCUGCUCAAAUACAGAGAAGUGGAUGACAAUGAGCCUCCACAGGUCUCGAAGGACAUGGAGAAUAUUGCGCCAUCAGGAAGCGCUCCCACAGAAAGCGCUUCUAAAGAGGCAACGCCAGACAACCAGGAUGCAGCCGAUAACAAGGACAAGGAUAAAAAGUACACAAAGCCGGUUUUCAGGGCCGAGGAUCAUCCUCACUUCAUCUACCGGUGCUUCCUGCUCAACUGCCUCGCAGAGCUCCUCCAGAGUUACAAUCAGACCAAGGUGGAGUUCAUCAACUUCAAGCGUAGCAUCUCGUUGCAAACGAACACGCCCGUCAAGCCUCGAUCGAAUGUACUCAACUAUCUCAUCCACGACCUCUUGUGCCAAGGCAAUCUCAGCGACAAUGCAGACAGCAUUGUAUCAAAGAAGAAAGCCGCCACCUCUGCCCAAGCCCAACAAGUUCUCGUUGCGCUCGUAGCCAAGACAGGGGAAAAGGUUAUUGACAAGACACGAGAUCGCUUUGAAUACGACGACGAGCCCGAUCUGCUUUUUGUUCGGAAAUUUGUUUUGGACACUAUUCUCAAGGCAUACGAGCGCGCCGCCACACCCGAAGAGCCUGUUGACACUCGCUACCUGAAGAUGCAGUGUCUCGCCGAGCUGAUGAACCAUAUCAUUGGCGAGAAGGACAAGGAAACGACAUCUCAACGGGCACUUGACUCUCCCCAAGGACGAUCGCAAGCACAGUUACGCAGGAUGAUGUACGAAAAGGGCUACCUCGACAAGUUGACUUCCUCUAUCGCCGAAGUCGACCUGAGCCAUGCUGGCGUCAAGAGGGCCAUUAAGUAUGUCCUCAGAGUUCUGCGCGUUCUGACAGAUACCGCCAAAGAACUGAGCCGCUCCCAUGUCCUUCCCUCGACAUCUCUUCCCGAAAACGCCGAAGACGACAUCAUCUCGACAUCUUCAAUGUCUGACAUGGAUGACGAUCGCGAAGAAACGCCGGAUCUCUACCGUAACUCUACUCUUGGUAUGCUCGAGCCUCGUGGAAGCGAUGACGAGUCCGACGAUGAGGACGAGGACGACGACGAAGAGAUGUACGACGAUGACUAUGGCGACGAGCUUGAUUAUGGCGAAGAAGAAGUAUCGGAUGAUGGUGAAGAUGGCGUCAGUGACGAAGACGAAGAAUUGGGUGAGAUGGGUCACAUCGAGGGCCUUCAUGGGGAUCCUGGUGUCGUUGAGGUCAUCAUGGGAGACGAAGAUGAUGACAUGGAUGAGGAUGACGAUGACAGCGAGGAUGACGAAAUGGAUUCUGACGACAUGGAUGAGAUGGAAGAGCACCUCGACGUUGUGGAAGAGAUUGUCGACGAAGACGGCAACCCUCUCGAGGACGAUGGCGCCUCGGAUUGGGAGAGUGAAUCAGAGGAAGAAGAAGAGGAAGACGAUGAAGACAUUGAUUAUGAGGCGGAAGCCCAGGACCGCGAAGAGGCUCACGUUCAUGGCAUGGAGUCUGAGGACAUGAUCGAAAAUCUGGCCCGAGCAGUCAUGGACCCAGAAGACUACGACGGCGACGACAUGGAUGACCUUGGAGAUCACUACAUUGAUGAUGGUCGUGAUGAAGAUGACGAUGAAGACGAUGAUGAAGACAUGGAAGAAGACGAGCUCAUCUAUGACGAGGCCUACCCUCAUGACCACCAAUCCUCCAACCUCCCUUCUGCUCUCGGAUGGGAUACUUUGGUCGUCGAGCCAUUCGGAGGCCAGCCUCAACACGCUCAUCGCCAUCGUCAUGGACACCGUAGCCCAUUCCCCCCUGGUUUCAUGGUUGGCGGUGGCCGCGAUCCUCUGGGCGGUAUGGUCUCCUCCAUUGAUGCAGUCUAUCAGCAGAACGAACAGCUGACAGGCCCUGCAGAUUUCCGAAGCUACUUCUCUCCCCGCCACAGACCGAAUGCCGUGCCUAACAAUGCCGACGACGGGGUCAAUCCUCUUCUGCGCCGAAACGGCCAGGGCCGUGAAGCAUCACCCCGCCCUGCGCCGGGUUCUGGUAUGAUUGGCUUGCGCCUGCCUCCUGAAAUUUUUGGUCCGGGUGUACAGCAUUUGUCUAACAGCCCAAUCGCUAUCCUCAACGAUCUCGUCGCGUCUCUUCCGGUCAUGCGACACGGUCAAUCUGCCGUCCACUUGUCCAUUACUCAAAAUGGACGCGGCGAAGUCAGGGAGUACCAUGUUGCCCCUCGCGAAUCUCGGGCAGACAGCCGUCGUGAGACGACUUACCACGAGCCUCAACAGGCCGUCGCCUUUACCCCCGAAUCGACAUUCGAGCGUUACCAAGAAGAAGCUCGCAUGGUUUUCGGCGGGGCUCACUUCAUCGAGAAAGCACAGAAGCUUGUCAAUAUCCUUCUCUCCAAGCUGGUUCCUCCCGCAAUGGAGUAUGAGAAGAAGCUCAAGGCCGAAGAAGAGGAGCGACGUAAAGUGCGAGAAGAGGAGCGCAGAAAGUUUGAAGAGGAAGCUCGGAGGCUCUUGGAGGCCAAGGAAGCCAACGAAAAGGCAGCCCGUGAAAAGAAAGAAGCGGAAGAGCGCGAAGAACAAGAGCGUGCCGCUGCGGAGGCCGCUGCUGCUGCCGGAGAGCGUGAUUUGGCAUCAACCCAAGAAAGCCACACUGACAGUGCUGGCUCGCAAGCCAUGGAAGGGGUCGAAACACAAGAGCCGUCUGCGACCCUGGCCGAAGACACGGCAGACGACGCUAGUCGCGUCAUGACAACUAUCCGUGGAGAGGAAGUCGACGUCACUGAACUCGGUAUUGACCCUGAUUAUUUGGCGGCUCUACCAGAGGAAUUCAGAGAAGAAGUCAUCGCACAAACGGUCAGCACCAGGAGAUCUCAAGCUCGAGAGGAGGCUGCCACUGGCGAACAGGGUGAAGUCUUCCAAGAGUUCCUCGACGCUCUCCCGGAGGAUCUGCGACUAGAAAUCGUUCAACAAGAACGUCAGGAUGCGCGCCGGCGAGAGAGAGAUGAGCAGCGCCGCCAGGCGACAACCGCGGGCCAAGACCAGAUCGCAGUGGACAUGGACCCGGCAAGCAUCCUCUUGACAUUCCCUCCUGAAUUGCGACAGCAAGUUCUCAUGGAUCAAGGAGAGGACAUAAUGGACCACUUGCCUCCUGAAAUGGCCGCUCAGGCCCGUCUGCUUGCCCAGCAACACAGCGCUCACCCUGCUGUCACAGGCAGAAGCCCUCCUGUCGUUGCUCGACGACCAGGUGCUCCACCUGUCGAAUCGGGAGAAGCCAACGAGAACAAGGUACAGCGGCGGACAGUUGUGCAGAUGCUGGACAAGCCAGGAGUUGCUACUCUGCUUCGGCUCAUGUUCAUUUCCCAGAUCGGCUCCAUCCGCAACUACCUCUUCAGUGUUCUGGCCGAUGUCUGCGAAAACCGUCAAAAUCGCCUCGAAGUAAUCAGCACCAUUCUCUUGAUUCUACAAGAAGGAAGCACAGACAUGGAAGCUGUUGAGCGCAGCUUCAGCCAACUCUCUGUGAAGGCCAAGAAGUCUAAGGAUAAGGACGCAGACCCCAAGACCCCUCAGAACCUUAAGCGGACUCUGACGUCGCUGAGCGCUGCUGUGCAUCAGCAGUCCAACUCGGAGAUAUCACCACUCAUGGUCGUCCACCAGUGCUUGGAUCUGCUGCAAGAUCUCUCCACCAAGAACCCUCACAUCCCCAUGCUCUUCCUGACAGAGCAUGAGGCGGUUGGAUCUUCCCUCAAGCGUACACUCAGCCGCAAGGCCAAGGCCAAGGACUCCAAGGCCCACAAGUAUGCAAUCAACUCACUCCUCACUCUUCUCGACAGAGAUUUGGUGAUGGAGAGCUCGGUGGUUAUGGCCUACCUCGCCGAUUUACUGAAUAAGAUUACGGUACCAUUGGCUACGAUGGAGCGACGCCGUCGGGAAGCUCUAGAGAAGGCUGCUCGGGAGGCCAAGAAGAAGGCAGCGGAAAGUGCAGCGGAAGCCAAUCCCGCUUCGGCCUCAGCCGCUCAACCUGCUGAGAACGCAAUCCUCGAGACUGCCGCCGACGUGGAAGUCCAGGAGCCCAAGGGUGAAAGUGCCGAAAAUGCGAAGACCACCGACAAGUCGACAACCCAGAAAGCGCCUCGCCAAAUGCAGGUUCCGAUCAUUCCGCCGCACAAUCUUACUCUUGUGAUCAAGAUCUUUGUUGCUCGGGAAUGUAGCUCCAAGACGUUCCAAAACACCAUCUCAGCUAUCAAGAACUUGUCUGCUAUUCCAGGCGCCAAGGCAACAUUCGGACAGGAACUGGUCCGCCAAGCUCGUGUCUUGAGUGAGAACAUUGUCGCGGAUCUCGAUGAGCUGCUUCCUCAUAUUGAGAAGGCUACGUCGGGAACCGAGAUUCAAGGUGUUGCGCUUGCCAAGUUUUCUCCCGGUGCUUCUGAGCAGAACAAGCUCCUCCGUGUUCUCACGGCGCUCGACCACCUAUUCGACAACAAGAAGAAGAGUGACAAGGCAGAUGAAGAUGCCGAGACCAGCAUCAACGAAAAGCAGGAUCUCGUUACUUCACUGUACCACAACUCGACCUUCUCCAUGAUGUGGGAGAAACUGAGCGCCUGUCUCAGCGCUAUCCGUGAGCGGGAGAACAUGGUUAACGUAGCAACGAUCCUUCUGCCACUGAUAGAAUCGCUCAUGGUCGUCUGCAAGAAUACCGCUAUGAACGACGACUCACAGACUCAGAACCAGACAAGCAAGGAGAUGCUGCUAUCAAGCCCGCCCCCGGAGAAUCGCAUGGCCGGCCUCUUCUUCACCUUCACCGAGGACCACCGUCGCAUCCUCAAUGAGCUAGUCCGCAACAGUCCGAAGCUCAUGUCCGGAACGUUUUCGCUUCUGGUCAAGAAUCCAAAGGUUCUCGAGUUCGACAACAAACGCAAUUACUUCAACCGUAGUGUGCACAGCCGUUCCAGUAACAAUCAACGGCCGUCGUUCCCUGCGUUGCAGCUCUCAGUACGUCGCGAGCAUGUCUUCCACGACUCCUUCAAGUCGCUUUACUUCAAGACCGGCGACGAGAUGAAGUAUGGCAAGCUCAACAUUCGCUUCCACAACGAGGAGGGUGUCGACGCCGGAGGUGUAACCCGCGAGUGGUUCCAGGUCUUGUCCAGGCAAAUGUUCGAUGCCAACUAUGCACUCUUCAUUCCGGUCUCCUCUGACCGUACCACAUUCCACCCCAACAAGUUGAGUGGCAUUAAUGACGAGCAUCUCAUGUUCUUCAAGUUCAUUGGUCGCAUCAUCGGAAAGGCCUUGUAUGAGGGUCGGGUUCUCGACUGUUACUUCAGCCGCGCUGUGUACAAGCGUAUUCUCGGCAAGUCGGUAUCCGUCAAGGACAUGGAAUCUUUCGAUCCGGAUUACUACAAGUCUUUGGUGUGGAUGCUCGAUAAUGACAUCACGGACAUCAUCACAGAGACGUUCUCGGUGGAGGACGAUGAGUUUGGCGUGACUCGUACUGUUGACCUUUGCCCCGGCGGUCGUGACAUCGCCGUCACCGAGGAGAACAAGCAUGACUACGUGAGAUUGGUGGUGGAGCACAAGCUGCUGUCAUCUGUUAAGGAACAGAUGGAACACUUCUUGAAGGGAUUCCAUGAUAUCAUUCCCGCGGAUCUCAUCUCCAUUUUCAACGAGCAGGAGUUGGAACUUCUCAUCUCCGGCUUGCCCGACAUUGACGUUGACGACUGGAAGAGCAACACGGAAUACCACAAUUACACUCCGUCAUCACCGCAGAUCCAAUGGUUCUGGCGAGCGAUCCGUUCAUUCGACAAGGAGGAGCGCGCCAAGCUGCUGCAGUUCGUGACUGGAACCAGUAAGGUGCCUCUCAAUGGAUUCAAGGAGCUGGAGGGUAUGAAUGGUAUCAACCGCUUCAACAUCCAUCGAGACUAUGGCAACAAGGAGCGCCUUCCCAGCUCGCACACAUGCUUCAACCAACUUGAUCUCCCUGAAUACGAGAACUACGAAAUGCUUCGUCAACAACUCAUGAAGGCCAUCACAGCAGGAAGCGACUACUUCGGCUUUGCAUAA